AAAAAAAAAAAAACCCAGAAUCAAUGGUACCUCAGAUUACAUACUUAUAAAAGGCCAAAAUCAAACGCGUCAGGGGCGCGUGUCAACACGAUCUGUCUCUUCCUCUAUUUAAUCACUCUUUCAAUACAUCAAGUACCCAGUCAGUCAUUUAGUGUCUCUGUUUUUUUCUCAGAACAGUUUUAUUUUCUUUAUUUUUCUCUCUGCUUUUCCUUUGUUUUUCCAAUGGAAUUCAAGUUUCGUGAUGAUGGCGGAAACCGAAGCACUAGCACAACACUGUUAGCGCACCAGCGCUCUCUCUCCACUGUCCCUCUGGUUUCCGGUCAUCACCCAUUACGAGGUGGUUUUUCAGGUAUUAUCCCGGCUCCUCCGAGAAUGUACCCAACACCGGUGCCGAUCAACUCCGAGGAAGCAAUCCGGCAAGAGAUUGAAAGGGAACAGAUAAGGCGAGAGAUAGAGAAAGAGGAAAUAAGGAGAGAGAUUCUCGCCGGCGAGAGGGCCCGGCGGUUGGAAUUGGAGGAGGAGGUGAGGAGGGAACUGGCGUCGGAAAGAGCACUGAAAAUGCCGAUACACAGGAUGGAAGGAAUCACUUAUGGUGAACGAGGAGUUUCCUUGACUAUGAUCCCAGGAAUGACACUGCACAACUCUGUUAAUAACAACAAAUUAUGUGGUGGACCACAACCCCAGUUACGUCCUAGACUUGAGAUUAGACAGUUAUAUAAGCAGAGGCCAAAUGAAACCUUAACUAUUAAGUCAAAUGCUGCUCUUUCUGUUGCAAAGUGCAAAGAGAUGGUAGAUGAUGAUCUUUCUGGUGUGAAGCACAAAGAGGUGAUAAAUGUUAAUCUUGGUGGUGUGAAACGAAAACGGGAGACACCUUUUCUGCUUGAUGACAACCAUUCUGGAACUAGCUUGGAGAAGAAACCCAAGAAGGAUUGGGGUUGUGCAUUAUGUCAAAUUGUUACCACAAGUGAAAAAGGCUUGAAUGAUCAUCUUCAAGGGAAAAAGCACAAGGUUAAAGAAGCAUCCUUUACUAGAAAAAAGGGUAAGAGCACCACAACAACGCUGUCAUUACAGAAAAGUAACCAGUGUGAGAAAUCUGAUAAAGUGGUUGUUACCAUGAAUUCAGGGUUGGAUGCAAGAAAGAAUGGUGAAACACUUCAAUCUGACAUGAACCCUGCAUACAAAGGUAAAGUGGAACCCAUAGAAAAGGAUUUGGCUGUGGAGAAAAGCCAAGAUUUGGGUGGCACAGAUAAUGAAAAUGAAGCAACAACCACUGAGAAAGAAGUUCAGAAAAGCAAUGCUACAAUGAAGAAGUUUAGUUUUUAUUGUGCAUUUUGUGAGGUUCGAACUCACUCAGAAAUUGUGAUGCAGAGUCAUAAAAGUGGAAAGAAGCAUCUGGCUAAUAUUAGAAAACAUAAUAACCCAAACAGUUCUGCUGGUGGUGCUUGUGAUGCUGCAAAUUCUGAGAAUUCUGAGUAACAGACAUGUUAUAUGUCUUGUGCUUAGAUUCAUGAAUACUUUUCCUGAGUUAUUAAUGUACCCUAUUUUAGUACGUUUUAGAGUUGCAAGACAUUCUCAUUCUCAUUGUCAUUUUUGUUUGGAUUGAAAUAGAGAGUAGAAAAAAUAUAAACUAUAUAAAAAGAUGUAUUGUUUGGAGGAAUAGAAAUAAGAAAAAGAAGUAUUUUAGGAAACUGAUGUUUCUAAGUUAUCUAAUUUCAAUUUAUGAGACCCUUUUUAUCCUUGUAAUGAUUAAACUUGAUUG